AUGGAUCUCCACAGCUCCACCAGUGGAAAUCGGUACGUACUUUCGAUCGUUGAUCAUCUGACUCGUUACCUUCAGCUUAUCCCUCUACCUUGUAAGAGUGCAGAGACUGUGGCUGAGGCUUUCAUCAAUAACUUCGUGACUCUCUUUGGCCCACCACGUAUUAUACAGACGGAUAAUGGAAGUGAAUUUUGUAACCGUCUUUUCCAACAGGUAUGCAGCAUUAUCCAGACAAAGAUGUCAUUCACGACGGUGUACCAUGCACAAGCCAAUGGCAUGAUUGAGAGGACUAAUAGAGUGGUUCGUUUGGCGCUUAACUCCUCGGUUCAUCGAAGCAUCAGAGAACAGCUGAUCGACCUCCUGACGGGUCAUCAUGGCCACUUCCCCCUCGGGCCCACCAACGACGUCACGAUUGCAGCCGAUUCGGCAAAGAGGUUCCAGGAACGUCUUCAGGUGGCGAGGUCGGUGGCGGUGGAAACUUCGCGCCGUGCACGAGAAGGUUGGGCGCGCAUCUACUACAAACGCGUCCGCAAGCACUUUCAGUCUAAUGUCGGGGUCCUUGUCUGGAUGAAAGUCCACCCGGGGCACCGUCGUGGUCCAGGUCGCGCCCUUGGUGACCGAUGGUGCGGUCCCGCGAGGAUAAUGAAAAGAAUUGGACCAGUGUCUUACUUGUGCAAGGAAGUGAACGAGCCAUACCGCGAGCUGAAGUGCCACAUCAAUCAAUUGAAGGAGUUUGUUCCUGAACAAGAAUUGCAAUUUACUGAUGACGUUGCUGAUAACUCGCUUCCCCUAGAAUGCGGACACUGGGAUGAGCCUGGGGAGCCAUGGCGUCUCGCCCUUUUAUCCGUUGUUCGGUCUACAGAAUUUUAA